GUUAUCGUACAACAUUCUAAUAAUAACAAAGAGAAAUUAGUGACAAUUGAAUACACCUUCGAUUCUUGGUCCACAAGUGAUAGCGUGACUGCACUUCGAUCGCCUACUCUUUCUAAUAAUCAAGAAUUAUAUUAUUUUGAGCUUUCUCCUUUUAAAAUUCCUAAUCAACUAUUACAUGUUGGGUUUCUUGCGCGAUUUGAUAUUGAAGAUUCUACCUUUUGGGCUGAUAGCAACUAUGAAUAUUUUUAUGAUGAGGGUAGUCCUAAAGAAUUCUUUUUUCAUGUUACUAGCAAUGUAAGCAACACUCAAAAUAUUUCAACAGAAAAAAAUGGCUUAAGAUUGAACGAAGAACGUAAACGAUUGGAUGAAGAACGUAAAUUACUGGAAGAAGAACGUAAACGGCAUGAGGAAGAAUGUAAACGUAGGGAACAAGAGGAAGAACAAAGAAAGUUGGAAGAAGAGCGUAGGUUAUUAGAGGAAGAACGCAGACUUCUAAAUGAAGAACGAAUGCUGUUUGAAAAAGAACGAAGACAAGUUUCUAAACAAAUAACUGGAAAGAGAGAAUACCAAUGUGGUCAUGAUAUUUAUAUAUGUCGUAAAUGUGUAAGUGAACAUAUUGAACGCGAACUUAAAGGAAAUAUCAAAAUUUUAUGCCCUGAAAAUAAUUGUCGCAAAGUAUUAAAUGAGAAAGAU